AUGGCUCCUGAUAAGAAGGGAAGCAAGCGCAAGGCCGCACCUGUCGCCAGCGACUCGCCCGCGAAAAAAACCAAAAAGGUCGAGCCCAAGACCACGGCCGCCAAACCCGCCAAAGCCGUUGAAGAGGCACCCCCCAAGCCUGCUCAGAAGAAGAAGAAGGAGACUGUCACUGUGAAAACCAAGGAGUCCAAGACUGAAAUUGUUCCUAAGGCCAAUGGUGCCUCCACUCGUCAGACUAAGCCCCGCAAGCGCGCUGCCGACUUUUUGAGUGAUGAGGAGACUGAGAAGCCUGCUCCUGCUCCCACAAAGGCACCUGUGAACAAGAAGUCAAAGAAGGAGGAGAGCUCUACACAGACUGCCAAGAAGUCAGCCUCUGCUAAGAUUGGCAAGCCCACGCCCAAGCCCAAGCAGAUUGUGGAGGCUUCUGAUGAGUCGGACGAUGAGGACUUUGUGCUCAAUGCAUCUGCGUCUGAAUCAGAGUCAAAUGGCAGUGAUCAGGAGAUUGAUGAUGUUGAGGAUGACCAGACCGCCGCUCUUAUCAAGGGUUUCGAAAGCAGUGACGACGAGGACGAUGUUGCCGACGAGGGCUACGAUUCCAAGCAGCCCAUUCCCAGAAUUCCAGACACCAAGAAGGCCGAGAAGAAGUUGAAGAAGUUGCAACAGGGUGAGAACAAGGAUGAGCCCGGUACUGUCUACGUUGGUCGCAUUCCCCACGGUUUCUACGAGCACCAGAUGCGCGCCUACUUCUCCCAAUUCGGCGAGAUCACUAAGCUCCGUCUUUCACGUAAUCGUCUGACGGGACGUUCCAAGCACUACGCCUUCAUUGAGUUUGCCUCUUCAACUGUCGCCAAGAUUGUCGCCGAGACCAUGGACAACUAUUUGAUGUACAGCCACAUCCUGAAGUGCAAGUUUGUUCCACAAGACCAGCUGCACCCUGAGGUCUGGAAGGGUGCCAACCGCCGAUUCAAGCGCACACCCUGGAAUCAGAUUGAGCGAAAGCGUUUGUUGAAGGGCAAGACUCGUGAGGAGUGGUCGAAGCGUAUUGAUAAGGAGCAGCGCAAGCGUCAAGCCAAGGCCGAGAAGAUGAAGGCCCUUGGCUACGAAUUCGAUAUGCCCCAGCUCAAGGCCGUUGAAGAUGUGCCUGUACAGGUGCCGGAGGAGCCCAAGGCUGUCGAAUCCGCUACUGCCGCCACCGAGGAGAAGGCCGAAGAGCAGCCUCUCAAGGCCAUUGAAGCCCCGGCUCCUGCAGAUGAGGCUCCGAAGAAGGCGAAGAAGGGCAAGAAGGUCGAACAGACCAUUGUCCAGGAAGAGGUUACAGCUCCAUCCCCGGCCACCAAGUCUGCUACCACAAAGACCAAGAAGGUUGUGAAGAAGACUACCAAGAAGGCCAAAGCGUAA